AGUAUCUGACAAGGCAAGGCGCCAUGAACAGCAUACUGUCGACAUUGACGUGGGGCACCUGGGAUGAUGCGGAAUGGGGCCUCGCAAGCGACCUAGCCGUAGCCUCGGCCGCCACUACUACGCAUGCAGCUUCUGGCCCCGCGACUUCAUCUCAAAAGCAGCGAAGUCUCCGCAAACUGCGUAAAAAGGGGCUACAGGCGCCCAAGAACUCGCAGCUUUGGUUCGAGGAACUGCUGGAACGCGUAGAAGGCACACAGUUCGGUCGUAGCAACGCUAACUAUCGCUGCAACCCCUUCAAAUGUCACCACACGUCGGAAGAGUAUUGUAUCGAUGCACAGCAGGAGGGCAUCCCGUGGGAGGAUUUGCCCGACGGAAUCCACCCUCGCGACGGCAAACUGUCAGCAGAGCGAGCAAGGAACAAGCGACAGCAAGUGGACAACCUCGCAGUCUUCUUGCGACGCAUUUUAAGGCCAGGCGAUGUGGUGGUAGAGUUCUGUGCAGGAUCCGGAUACGUAGCCCUACCACUUGCUUGUCUAUUUCCGCAAUGCAAAUUUGUCCUACUUGAUAAGAAGGAGCCUUCGCUCGCAAUUGCGAAGGAGCGUAUUGCUGCUGCCCAGUUGACCAACGUGGAGAUUUUCUGCGGGUACAUCGAUGAUUAUCACAAGCCUUUUGACGUGGGUAUUGCGCUGCACGCUUGUGGCGAAGCCACUGACAUGGUGAUGCAGAAGUCUCUUGCAGAACGAGCCGCGUACGUGCUGGCUCCGUGUUGCGUCGGUAAGAUCAAGCUGAGCGAGCUGGCCUACCCUCGUUCAGCUACCUUGGCUGCUGAGCUCACACGUACCGAAUACGAGGUGCUGGCGAAGGCUGCAGACUUCGGUCACUCGAGCAGCACUACUAUGGCCCACACCGACAUCAAUCGCAGACGUCGACGCUGCAAGACGCUCCUUGAGAGUGAUCGCAACAUGCGCGCUGAAGAAGCACAGUACGAUACGUUCAUGUUCGUUAUGCACCCUCCUACUGCUACGCCGAAGAACGACGUACUGGUUGGGAUCCCACGAAAUCUCACGGCUGAGCAAAGCGACCGGCUGUUCCAGCUCGAGUGCGAGGCUGCUCUAUCGACCGACGCGCUCGUACACAAAGCAAUGUUCGGCGUAUAGACAAAUAAUAGAUUGUAUGUUUGCCUUGA